ACAGCCAUGGCCAUACAUAAAUCUCUCUCCCUUUCUUUUCUCCUCUUUUUCCUACCAUUUCUUUCUUCCCAUGCAACAUCAUCAUUUGCAACGGCAGGACUGCCAGAAACAGAUGCUCUCCUGAAAUGGAAAGCCAGCCUCUCACCAGCACAAGCUCUCCAUUCAUGGUCGCUUCCUGCUGCUAAUGGCAGCACCAACGGAAUCUCUCCAUGCAAAUGGACUGGGAUCUCAUGCAACAGCCUUGGAAGUGUAACAGAGAUAAGCUUACCGAGUGCAGGCUUGCAAGGUAAGCUCGACCACUUGAGCUUCCUGUCAUUUCCAAACCUCGUUCAUCUCAAUCUCAGUGGCAACACUCUCACCGGAACCAUCCCAGCCCAUAUUGGCACUCUUUACAAACUCAUGUCCCUCGAUCUGUCUGCAAAUAAUCUUUCUGGCAUUUUACCACUUUCAAUGGCUAAUCUUAGCCGCAUUUCAGAGUUAGACAUCUCAUCUAAUGAAAUUAGAGGCGAACUAGCUCCAAUUUUCUUCACCAAUUGGACCAAACUCAUCUCCCUUCGGCUCCAAUACAAUCAACUCACUGGAAACAUUCCAUCUGAAAUCAGGCUGCUUACAAAUCUCCAAAUCUUGUAUCUCAGGGGAAAUAAAAUAAAUGGAUCAAUACCUGUGGAAAUAGGGAAUCUGGUGAAUUUGAAUGAGCUAGUCUUGUCCAUUAACCAUCUAGAUGGUUACAUCCCUUCCACUUUAGGGAACUUGUCCAUGCUCACACGUUUGUCUUUAUACGAAAAUCAGAUUUCAGGCACAAUUCCUGCAGAAUUAGGGAAUCUCAAGAAUUUGGUUGGGAUUUCAUUGUACCGAAACAAUCUGACUGGUCCCAUCCCUCCUACUUUGGGGAACUUGACCAAGCUUACUUUUUUGUCCCUUUUUGACUGCCAAUUAUCUGGUUCCUUGCCUCAAGAAAUGACAAACAUGACAAAUCUUUCUAAACUCUACUUGGGUGGCAACAACUUCUCUGGCUAUUUACCUCAGUUAUGCCAAGGCAGAUCUCUUCAAGUCUUCACUGCAUUUGACAACCAUUUCACUGGUGAGAUCCCAAAAAGCUUCAGAAAUUGCACUAGCUUAACAAGAGUACGACUCAAUGGAAACCGGCUUGCUGCAAAUAUAUCGGAAGCCUUUGGUGUAUACCCGCAUCUCACAUUCAUGGAUGUCAGCGACAACAUGUUGUUUGGUGAACUCUCACCGAAUUGGGGAAGAUGCCAAAACUUGACAAUGCUACAACUCUCCGGGAACAUGAUCACCGGUAGAAUUCCUCAAGAGAUUGGGCAGUUGACACAGCUAGGUGUGCUUGGUCUUUUUUCAAACCAUCUAGUAGGAGAGAUUCCAAAGGAAUUUGGGAGGCUGACUUCUUUGUUCAACUUGACUUUAAAUGAUAACCAGCUUUCUGGUCAGUUACCCCAAGAGAUUGGAAACCUAUCCAAUUUGGAGGUUCCUGACUUGUCAAUGAAUCACCUAAGUGGUCCAAUACCACCUCAAUUAGGGGAUUGCUCUAAACUCCAGUAUCUCAAAUUGAGCCAAAACAUUUUGAAUGGAAGCAUUCCUUUUCAGAUCGGUAACCUAGUAUACCUACAGGGCUUACUAGAUCUAAGUCAUAACUCCCUCAAUAGAGAGAUAUCUCCACAACUCACAAAAUUGGUUAGGCUGGAAAAGUUAAAUCUCUCCCACAACAUGUUGUCAGGCUCCAUUCCGCCUUCUUUUCAAGAGAUGGUCAGCUUGCAAUCCAUUGAUUUUUCAUACAAUGCUUUGGAAGGUCCGCUUCCCAAAAGCAAAAGCUUUCAAAAGGCUCCUGCAGAGGCAUUCAUAAAUAAUAAGGGCUUAUGUGGUGAAGUGCAAGGUUUGAGACCUUGCAAUACCUCUUCAAUCAGUCAUGGUGAUGUGAAGCAAGGCCAUAGAGUUGUGGUCCUCAUUAUUCUUCCUCUCUUGGUGGCGCUGUUUCUGUUAUUUGCAAUCUUUGGCAUUUCUUCCAUUUAUUACCAAAGAAGAAAAAAUAUAGAGAAAGGAGUUCUUGAGAGGAGCACUGGAAAUCCAUUUUCAAUAUGGAAUUAUAAUGGAAAUGCUGUGUUUGAAGACAUUGUGGAGGCAACAGAGGGUUUCGACGACAAAUACUGCAUUGGAACUGGAGGGUAUGGAAAAGUUUACAGAGCAAAUCUACCGAUGGGCCAAGUAUUAGCUGUGAAGAAACUUUGCCAGCUAGAAGGCGGUGAUCAAUCUAAUCAAAGAAGUUUUAGAAAUGAGAUAAGAGCAUUAACUGAAAUCCGUCAUCGUAACAUUGUAAAGCUUUAUGGUUUUUGCUCUCAUGUUCGAUGCUCAUUUCUAGUCUACGAGUACAUGGAAAAGGGAAGCUUGGCAAGCAUCCUAAGCAAUGAUGAACGAGCUGCACAGUUAGACUGGACUCUAAGGGUGAAGGUUAUUAAAGGUGUUGCCCAUGCUUUAUCUUACAUGCACCAUGAUUGCACCCUGCCGAUUGUCCAUCGAGACCUAUCAAGCAACAACGUUCUGUUGAAUUCAGAACUUGAGGCUAGUGUCUCUGAUUUCGGCACCGCACGAUUGCUGAUACCUGAUUCGUCCAAUUGGACUACGCUCGCAGGCACAUAUGGAUACAUUGCUCCAGAGCUUGCAUAUACAAUGAGGGUGACUGAAAAAUGCGAUGUAUAUAGCUUUGGUGUUGUGGCACUUGAAGUGAUGAUGGGAAGGCAUCCUGGGGAGCUCAUCUCCUCAUUGUCAUCACCAAAUAGAGAUGAUACACUGCUAAAGGAUAUGCUGGACCAACGUCUCUCCGAUCCGACGACGGAGGUUGCACAGAAGGUCGUAUUUGCCGUGUCAAUGGCAAUGGCAUGCAUUCGGCCAGAUCCAAACUCUCGUCCAACCAUGCACCAUGUGGCUCAGGAACUAUCUGUUGGUGGGCCUUCUUUCUCUCUGGAGUCAUUCCAUGCACUUACAUUAUGUCAACUGUUCGAUCUCAAGGUAUAAUCAGGUGUGUGAAAAUUAUUGAGGUUGUGAGCAUGUAGUGGCUAGAACAUUAUUACUGUAUGUCGAUUAUAUAAAAAUAAUCAAGCACAGAGGUGUUUUUCUUGUUGUGAUACAUGCAUAGGUCAGUGUGUGGAAUCGAUGCUUAUCUAGAAUGUAGAUUUCUAGGAUUGGUGAUCAAACUUCAAAUGUUGUAGAAGCAAGCUUAAAGAAUAAAGAUGUUUUCUUGUGUGAUGGUUAUCUUCUAACUAAAGGUUUUUAUGCCAAAGAACUUACAGUCUAGGAAUUGUAAUAUCCUUUUUUGUGAUACCAGUUGUGUACUAAUAUGUUAUCCCAAGUAGAACAACAACUUUAUUUAUCUAUGAAAGAAGGCAUAAAUUGUAGUUGUUUUAAAUAGAAGAGAAAAAAAAAAGAACUUCAUUUGGCCUUGUUGCAACUUGUAAUCAUCUUCUUUCUCCUUGUUCCAGAGUCCUUCAAUAAAAUGAUUUUAUGUUUAUUUAUUCAUUUAUUUUUUAGAAAGUUGGAAGCACACCAUCUACAAAUUUUAUUGAA